AUGCCUCGUUCCUCAGCAUACUCCUCGCGCCGCAGACUCUCUACGACAUCUGUCAAUUCCAUGGUGCUAAUAGAGAUUUCCACCGGCUGCAAGGCCCGCGAGUUAGCAUGGAUCCUCGAGGAGACACGCACCGUCAUGACCGAGCUCAAGCAUGGUCUUGACGGCUGUUAUGCGCUCCUCGCUCCCAUCGACCCCGGAAGCACGCUCGUCCUCAGCACGCACCGCAACGAGAAAGUCAAGGGACACAUCACACGGGUCGGAACGAGGAUAGUGAAAGGAACCAUCCACCUCCAGCUGCGGACGCUCCCGAGCCAGAGCGUCGCCCUCGACCCCCAGAAUCCGAUCCACAUCCCCUCGCUCGAAGCGCUGGGCACGCACCUCUCCGAAUCCGUCAAGCUCCUCGCCCUCGCCCUCGACUCGCCGCCCUCGCCCCGCCCCAUAGCCGACCACCUCCGCGCCCUCUCCAUCUCCCUCGCUGCCUCGACCGCCCUCCUGCGCGGCCCGCCCCUCGAGUCCCCCGACCCCUCGUGGCAGCACGCCUCCUGGCCCCAGGCGCACUUUGCCCCGCCGCUGCCCCCCAACAUCGCCUUCCACCUCUUCCUGCAGGAGGCCACCCUCGUGCUGGCCCUGCGCGCCCUCGAGCCCGCCGACGCGCCGCAGCACUUUGGCCUCAAGCUCGGCCUCGCCCUCGGGACCUAUCGCCGCCUCGAGCACGACGAGAUGGACCACGUCUAUCCGUUUCGCUACAGCCGCCUCACGGCUGGCGGGUCGCGCCACGUCCACCGUGGGGCAUCCGUCGAGCGCCGGCCUACUGGGUUUCACGAGGCAGACGAUGAUCUCGGCCCCGGAAGCGGCGCCGUCGACGUCUACGUGCGCGAGAAGGUGCGGGUUGAGACGGCGGACCCGAGCCUGCUGAGCCUGUAUGCCAAGCUCCUCGCGCUGGGCAACACGCUGGCGCAGGCGAGGAUGAACUUAGCAGCCGUCAUGGGCGAGGAGCUGGAUGACUGA